AGCUUUUAAAAAUGGCGGCCGCUGCGUUACCUGCGGUGCCCGAGAAAUUAAAGUCAGUGCUUCCUUACGUAAAAAUAGCAACCGAGCAUGACUCCAGAGACCCAAUCAUCGCCUACUGGUGCCGGCUCUAUGCGCUGCAGACUGGUAUGAAGGUUGACAGAUCUUCCUCUGAAAGCAGGGGAUUCCUCAUGGCCUACAUGGAUUGGUUGGAGAAGGAAAAAGCCAAGAGGAAAGACGAAGAAGCCAUCACAAGCGACGUCGUUGCCCAGGCACACAUUGAGACUAGAGCGCUGAAACUAUUUCUUUGGGCAGAUGGUGAGGACAGGGCAGCACGCUUUAACAAGAAUGUCAUCAAGGCGUUCUACACAGCUGCAUACCUUUUUGAUGUGCUCACAACGUUUGGAGAACUAACAGAUGAGGUUUCCAACCAUCGGAAGUAUGCAAGAUGGAAGGCAGCAUACAUUCACCGAUGCCUCAAGAACGGUGAAGUACCAGUUCCAGGACCUCUGAAGGGCGAAGAUGAAGGAUUUGAAGAAGAUGCUGGUGCUGUCGGUGGCAACCCAAGCCCUUCAAAUGGACCAACUGGAGCAGUGGGAGGCAGCGACGGCUUUCCACCACUCCCUCCAGGGUUUGCAGUCGGAGGUGCCACUGCUUCUGGAUUCUCGGAGCCCGGUCCCAGCAGUGCCCGGUCAUCUUAUGGUGACCAUCAGCCUAUGCCGUCAUCUCUUCCUGUUCCCACCCCAGGGUCUCAGGCCCCCCCUUCUACACCCAGCGGUUCCACGCAGCCUUCACCAUCAGUAGCCCCGAUUGAUGAUAUUCGGGCUGCAAAUGGGGUGGCUUUGAACUCUGAAGACUUUCUCAAAGCUCAGAAGUACUGCAAGUUUGCCGGCAGUGCGCUGCAGUACGAAGACGUUCCGACAGCGAUUGAAAACCUGCAGAAGGCGCUCAGGUUGCUUACCACAGGCUCGGAGGGACCCUGAUGGCUCUGUCUUCGGGACCCGAUGACACAACCUUGUGACGCUCCCUUGCCACCUGAACACCUAGCAUAGGAUGGUCCCCGCCCUCCUCUUCAAACUGUCCCUCAGCGUCCCGCUAUGUCUGGUGCAAAGUCAUUUUGUGUCUGUGUUUGUAGCCACCUUAGAGCUUGCUUCUACUACAAGAGCUUGGCGCUCCCACGUCGUUAGACGGGAUGCAUCUCUCCUGUUUUUUUUUUUUGUUUUUUUUUUCUUUUGCUUUCUCUGCAGUGGGCGGACAGAAGUUGUAAGGCAUUCCUGCAUGCAGCCAGCGCACAGCUAGUUCUUGUCAAAGAUGAUGUGGAGAUUGGAGAGCAAUGAUCUGGCCAGCGACUGUUGCUUCAUAUUAGCUAUAGGCAGGUAAACUCAAGCACCUGUGAUAGCAUGUAUGUGUUAUCGGAGGUUUACAUAGACAGCACCUUUAUUUGGCAGGCUGCUCUACUUUAUCUAAAUUGUUGUGCGUGCAAAUGAAUUUUGUUGGUUUGCUUCGACCGGUUUGUGGUUUAUUAUUCAGCUGGUAUUGGUCAAGUGUUCAUUGCUCACAUGUUUGGCCAGUUUGAACAUGAUUGCUAUGUUGCACUUGUUGAUCUCGCUUGACACAAAGUUUUGAUGCGCCACCUUUUUAUACUAGAUGAAGAGCUUAUAGUGAACACACUAAAAUUAGGCUUGAGUGAGUACAGAAGAGGCUGAAACAUGGAUGAUAACACCUGCAAUGUUACUUUGAAAUGAUUAGCUUUGGCUUUCAGUUGUCUACUGGUGUUUCUGUAAUCU